AUGGCGAACUUCACACCGGUCAAUGGCAGCUCGGGCAACCAGUCUGUGCGCCUGGUCACGUCAACCCAUAACCGCUAUGAGACAGUGGAGAUGGUGUUCAUUGCCACGGUGACAGGCUCACUGAGCCUCGUGACUGUCGUGGGCAACAUCCUGGUGAUGCUAUCCAUCAAAGUCAACAGGCAACUGCAGACGGUCAACAACUACUUCCUCUUCAGCCUGGCAUGUGCUGAUCUCAUCAUAGGCGCUUUCUCCAUGAACCUCUACACCGUGUACAUCAUCAAGGGCUACUGGCCUCUGGGUGCCGUGGUGUGUGACCUGUGGCUGGCCCUGGACUAUGUGGUGAGCAAUGCCUCCGUCAUGAACCUGCUGAUCAUCAGCUUUGACCGGUACUUCUGCGUCACCAAGCCCCUCACCUACCCAGCGCGGCGUACCACCAAGAUGGCGGGCCUCAUGAUUGCCGCUGCCUGGGUCCUGUCCUUUGUGCUCUGGGCGCCUGCCAUCUUGUUCUGGCAGUUUGUGGUGGGCAAGCGGACGGUGCCAGACAACCAGUGCUUCAUCCAGUUUUUGUCCAACCCGGCGGUGACCUUCGGCACGGCCAUCGCCGCCUUCUACCUGCCUGUGGUCAUCAUGACGGUGCUCUACAUCCACAUCUCCCUGGCCAGUCGCAGCAGAGUUCACAAGCACCGGCCCGAAGGCCCUAAAGAGAAGAAGGCCAAGACCCUGGCCUUCCUCAAGAGCCCCCUGAUGAAGCAGAGUGUCAAGAAACCACCCCCAGGAGAAGCUUCUCGGGGGGAGCUGCGCAACGGGAAGCUAGAGGAGGCCCCUCCACCGGUCCUCCCCCCACCACCACGCCCAGUGGCUGACAAGGACACCUCCAAUGAGUCCAGCUCUGGCAGUGCCACCCAGAACACCAAGGAACGACCACCCACAGAGCUGUCAACCACAGAGGCCACCACGCCCGCCACACCUGCACCUCCCCUGCAGCCACGGACCCUCAAUCCGGCCUCCAAAUGGUCCAAGAUCCAGAUUGUGACAAAGCAGACAGGCAACGAGUGUGUGACAGCCAUCGAGAUUGUGCCUGCCACGCCGGCUGGCAUGCGUCCGGCGGCCAACGUGGCCCGUAAGUUUGCCAGCAUCGCCCGCAACCAGGUGCGCAAGAAGCGGCAGAUGGCAGCCCGGGAGCGCAAGGUGACUCGGACCAUCUUUGCCAUUCUGCUAGCCUUCAUCCUCACCUGGACGCCCUACAAUGUCAUGGUCCUGGUGAACACCUUCUGCCAGAGCUGCAUCCCUGACACCGUGUGGUCCAUUGGCUACUGGCUCUGCUACGUCAACAGCACCAUCAACCCGGCCUGCUAUGCCCUCUGCAAUGCCACCUUUAAAAAGACCUUCAGGCACCUGCUGCUAUGCCAGUAUCGGAACAUCGGCACUGCCAGGUAG